UUGAAUGGCUAAAUCUCCAUUUUGGGGCUAAUAGUAAAAGCUAAAUCUGUAAAUGUAACCGACGAGAGCGCAACACCGGAAGUCGUCAGAUCACUUUCAAAUUAAAACUGGACUCUUGCGUGAUUUUACCAAAAACAGUCUUUUCUGAAUACAAUACAAUACAAUACAAUGAUUGUCACACUGCUCGUUAUAAGUGUGACGUGAGGUGGUUAAAAAAAGUGACUGACAUGAAUGAUAGCGUAAACUGGCGUUAUCUUUUUUAUCUUAUUUUUUUAGCUAAUUUAAACCAAGAAGCCCAUUGUAGCCUAUUGAUACAUUUUAUUUAUACCUUUUAUAACCAGUGUGAUUGGAAGUCGUUCACAUAAUUGCACUUUGCCAAACAAAAUAAAGUGGACAGUCUUGUUGAAUGUGUCGGCUGUAGCCAACAAUACAAAACAUUAAAGUGAAAACUGGGCAGAUAUUUCAGCAGGUCUCUGAUUGACAGAAAUAGUAAAGAUUUUUUUAAAAAAUGUGUCUUUUGUAACAAAAUGUGCUCCUGUACACCCACCAGCUGCCCCGUCUCACAUCAGCUGUUGGAGGAUGUAUGAUGUAAUCCAACGCUUCAGUCCCAACCAGAGGGAGCCAGACAGCGAGGCGCGGAGCUGGAAAACCACCGCGUGGAUCUCGCCUGCCUUGGUACUUCCUGAAAUUUAAGACAAACAAACAGCCCUCCAUCGAGCGCAUUUGGGUCAGCGGUUCCGCGGUGGUGUGUGCCGGAGGAGUCAUGUCGCGGAGGUUUGCGCCGACCGGCCGACGAACAGGAUGCUGGAUGCGGGCUGGCAGCAGCAGCGGCGGCGGCCGGGGAUGCUGCUGGUGAACUUGAGUCCCCCGCUCCUCCUCCUCCUCCUCCUCCUCCUCCUCCCUUUCAGCUGUAAUUAACCACCAUGGCUCAGGAGUCGUCUCCCACAGCUGCUCCAGCAUCCUCCGUGUGAAAAUGGCCAGCAGUCCGCCUCCAUCGGUCCGCCCUAGCUGUCGCCUUUCCGCCUGUGACGGGAGAAGCGCGCCUGCUUCGGAUUUCAGCACUCGUAGGUCCUUUACGUCCGCUCCGGAUCUUGUUUUUUACACCUCUGAUGUGAAAUUCUGAGCUGUCGUGUUUGCUCUAAAUUCACGAAUACACCUCCUGGCCCCAUCGUUGGCCCUUACAACAGAUGUUUGCGGAGAUGGGCCUUGUCCGCUGCCGCACCUCGCUAUGCCCUGCCCGGAUCCGAGUUUCCCGACCUUACUCGCCGUAAUGGCUCUGUGACAUCUCGCUAAGCCUCAGCUGUCCCGUUUCUUUCGGCAUCACUCGCCCUUCCGGACACCCUGCAGAGCAGCGAUUGUCCUGCGGGGGAAUGAGUAGCGUCCAUCCCUCAAGCCGAAGCCUGCCCGCCGCCCUGUGACUUCAGAGGGGUGUGGAGGUCCUGACAAACAUAAAACGUGGAGGGUGGGGACGUUUGCCUUUCCAGCUCAGGUUUAAACCAUGGCCAAUGAACCUGUCAUCCUUAACGUGUACGAUAUGUACUGGAUCAACGAAUACACUUCCAAUCUGGGUAUUGGAGUCUUCCACUCAGGCAUCGAGAUUUAUGGCAGAGAAUUUGCAUACGGGGGUCAUCCAUACCCUUUCAGUGGCAUCUUUGAAAUCAACCCCGGCAACGCUGCUGAGCUGGGAGAGACAUUCAAGUUCAAGGAGGCCAUUGUUUUGGGCACCACAGACUUCACAGAGGAGGACAUAGAUAAAAUCAUGGAGGAGCUCGGUAAAGAGUUUAAAGGCAACGCCUACCAUCUAAUGCACAAAAACUGCAACCACUUCUCCUCCUCGCUGUCUGAGUUGUUGUGUGGACGAGAAAUCCCUCGCUGGGUCAACAGACUGGCCUACUUCAGCUCCUGCAUCCCCUUCCUGCAGAGCUGCCUACCCAAGGAGUGGUUAACCCCGGCGGCCCUUCAGAGCCACAUCAGCCUCGGCCUCCACAAAGAGGAGCAGAACGAAUCGAGCGACGAGGACCAGUCGUCCCCAUCCGGAGCGGCCGCCACCGGCUCCUCCCACAGCUGCCGCCACACGAGGGUGUGAACUGGCCCACAAACGCUGACCUCUGGACCUUCUUGCCACCUCUGCUUGUGGCUCAAUUAGUAGGCUUGAACAACCACCUGACCUCAUACUGUUUGUCCUCUGAGUAAAGAGGCAGGAAGAGAAGAAUUCCCUCUUCAUGA